UAUAACGUCCUCCCACUCUAAUCACCAGCGCGGCGAUCGGUAGUGCGCUGUGUUUCUGGGACACAGCGGAUCACCAAUCAGCAAAAAGACCCAAUGACUUUGGCUCUGUCAUGUGAUCAGCUGUGUCCAAUCACAGCUGAUCUCAUAGGGGACAUCUACACUGAUCAGCAGUGUCCUGAUGAUCAGUUUAGCCCCAUCAGUGCCACCUGUCAUUUUCCAUCAAUGUCACCUGUCAGUGCCCAUCAAUGCACAUCAAUGCCACAUAUCAGUGCCUACCAGUGCACUUCAAUGCCACAUAUCAGUGCCCAUCUGAGCUGCCUGUCAGCGCUACCUAUCAGUGCCAGUCAGUGCCACCUAUGAGUGCUGACAAUCAGUGCCACCUAUUAGUGCCAGUCAGUGCCUCCUAUCAG